UCCGGAGUAUGGACGAUAUCAACUCAAGUUAAAUUCCAAAAAAUGUUCCCUUCGUCGAUGUUUAAAUAAUUAGCAUAAAUAACCAUGUUUAUGUUGAAAACGAACACUGGAGAGAACAAUUGCUGUCACCCAUGUUAAAACACUGGACACGUUUAACAACUUUCUCAUUUAACAUGUGAUGAGUAAUGAAUGUGUAAUGUAUUUGCCGCCAGAAGACAGACGUUUCACCAAAAUGAAGCCAGAAAAUGGAUCUAUCUCAGCUCAAAGUCCAGUCAUUUCAAAAUCUUUUUAUCAGAAGCUAUGGGGAUUACUUGUAUCUACAAAAAUCUUUGUACAUACAGACAUCGAAAUAAUUCAAGAAGGAGAUAACAUAGGUUUUCUCGCAUAUACAGAUGGUGAAGGCAGAUCAAAAGUUAAGAUUAAUCUGCCGGUUAAUGCUCUGCUGGAAUAUUUAAUUAAAACAGAGAAUCGAACGGAAUUCAAGGCGUUUUUUGCUUAUGAUACGUCUGUUUCAAGAAAUAUAAUGAAAAUAGAGAUUCCAACCAAAAACCAGCUUCACAAUCUUCUAACAAAUCAUGUCAGACAAAUACAGAUAAUUUAAAUUAUGAAUUCUUAAAGAUGUAUGAUCAAUGGUCAGACUUUACACACAGAGGAGAUUAUUCUUUAAUCGAAGGUAACCCAGAAUAUGAGGGACCAUUUUAUCACGGAUUAAGUGUCGAAAUAAAGUCACAUAGUAAAAAGAAAUUUGUUUUUGAUGGACAUGCAGCAAUUCUUGAAUCUGUUACAUUUAUGUCAGACGCUCCAUUGCAGGAAAGAGAUACAUGUAUUCUUUUCAGCUGGAAAAAUGAUCUGUAUUCUCCAUCUGCUAUACGGAAAAUAUUAAUAGAGAACGAAACUGAUGGCGAUAGUUUUGACAUAAUAUUGCUUUCAGAAAGAGAAGGGCAAUUACGCAUUGAGAUUUUAUCAGAUGUUUUCAAUGAUACGGCAUUUCAAGUAGCUAAAAGUCUUCAAAAUUUGAAAGAUGGCCGCCAAAUUAGAAAACUGAAAGAUAUACUUAUACUUUUGGAUCCGGGUGAUCAGGGAAUACAAAUAACAAAUUUCAAUAAACCUAGCAAUACACAACAAAAGAGGAAAAAGAAAGAAAACAAUGAUAUUCGUACAAAGUACAAAAGCAAAGUUGAACAGCAAAGGACAAAGUCAAUAAAAAUCGGGAAUAUUGACGUACAGUAUUGUCUUAGCAAAAUCCAGGAUUGUGAUAGAACGUUACAAGAAAAAGCAACCAUUAAACAAAAAAAACUAAUUUUGAAAAAUUAUCAAAUAUCAGAUUUGAAUGUUACGUAUAACAAGUUUGAGAAACCUUUACCGGGAAAGGCUAAAACUAAGGUUCCAAGACACGAGAUAGUUCCGACUAAAAUGAAAAAUAGCAAAGUGAAAACACAAAUAAAGCGUACAGAAUGGAAAAUAUAUUUGAGAUCUGGAGAAGAUGAACUAAGAAAUUUAGUCUGUGAUUAUUUUGGAGACGAUAUGAUACUGUAACAAAAUUGGCGUCCAUCUAUUAAAGUUGUAUAGGAUUUUACGGAUUUUCGCGUAUGUCUCAUCAAGGGGAUAUAAGUAGCGCCUUUCAUGAAUUUAUAAGUCAACUGCGAUUGUCGGUUCCCUUUAAGGAAA